AUGCACCAACAUCUUGCCUACAGGCCGGCUGAAGCUGAAGAACACUCAAAGUUCAUUCCGAAGAUUGCUUUAGCCCCAUUGACAAAAGAAAAAUUGCCUCCGACAGUCGGGAAAUUCAACGACCUAACUGAUCCAGACGGUCACGUUAGAGUAUUCACAAGUGUUGGCGUUAUGGGAGGUUGGAAUAUGCCAAUGUGGUGUCACUUGUUUAUCCAGACGUUUACGGGGGCUGCUCGCGCCUGGUUCGACAGCCUUCCGCCUGGAAAAAUUAGCUCAUGGGUUGAUUUCAGAAAACAGUUUGUUAACCAUUUCAGCCAACAAAGAGGUUACCAGCGCGACACAGCCGAGGUAACAGACAUCUGGCAAAGAGAGAACGAGGGAUUAGAAGACUUCAUCACUCGCUUUAACAAAGAAUGUUUGGAGAUUGGCGGUGUAUGCGAGCAACUCAUGCGCGCUCAUUUUAAGAAGGCCAUUCGCUGUGAUAGUCUCAUCAGAACUAUCACCGGAAAAGAUGGAAUGCCCAAGGAAUGGGAUAAGCUCAUGGAAGCUGCGAAAAUAGUUGUGCAAACUGAAGAGUCGUUGGCUGGUAAUAAGAACUCUUAUACUGAAGAUCGCUUCUCCAAAGGAAGCUCGCGAGACAACAACAAGCGCAACAAAAACAAAAGUCAAGAUUGGAAAUCCGGAAAACCGAGAGGUUACGACGAUAGAACGCGCUACAGAGAAGACGCGCGAGAGACAAUUGACAGAAUUGGGUAUCGAAAAGCAGUCAGGGAUGAUAACCGAGAAAAACACUGGACUCCGCUCAUAAAAACACCAAAAGAGGUGCUAAUGACAGAGAACCAUGACUUCAAGGCUCCAAGGCCUAUGACGAACAAGAAAGGGCAAGACCCGAACCUGUACUGCGAUUUCCACAAGGAUACAGGCCAUCUCACAGAUGACUGUAUCAGCUUACGUCAAGAGAUCGAGAAAGCGCUAAAGAGCGGAAAGUUAGGCCACCUGGUGAAAAACGUGUGCAAAGAAACGCGCCAGAUCCAGCGCCAUGACGACGGGAAUCACAAGAAAGUCCGGCGCAUGGAGACACAUAUGGUUAACGGACCGAGAUACAGCGCAAGAGAAAAAGGCAAGCGCCCGUAUGAGCCAUCUUGGCAAGAACAACAAGUCAUUUUCCCGGUAGUACGCGGGGGCCCUCGCACAACUCGCCCCAUUGUUAUUACUGGUAUUGUUGGUCAUUACGAAACAGAGUACAUCUUUAUUGACCCAGGAAGUACAGCAGACAUCAUCUAUGAGCAAUGCUUUAACCAGUUCGACGAUGAAGAUAAAGCGAGACUCGAGCCAGUCGACUACCCUCUGUCAGGCUUCUGUAACGAAAUGGUCUUCCCACUAGGCCAAAUCAGCUUUCCCGUCACAUUCUCUGACGGAAAGCAUUCAAGAACAACAAAUGUGAAUUUCAUGGUAAUGCCUGUCAAAUCAAGGCAUGAUGUGUUGAUUGGGAGAGAAACCCAAGGCGAAUUAAACAUGGUAACUUCCACACCCCACUCAGCCAUCGGGUUUCCAACUGAGACGGGGGUGGCAAUUAUCUAUGCAAAGAAGAAAGUAAUGUCAGCAGAAGAGAUGCGCCGAACCAAAGCGGCGAAAGUUUCAACAACUGAACCAGAAAAGUGGGUUUUAAACCGAAAGUACCCAGAGCAAACGGUGACGAUAGGCCACGCAAUCUCACCAAACAUCAGAACGCACCUCAAACAACUCCAGUUUAGGAACAUGGACAUUUUCGCCUAG